AGCGGUUCUCCGGAGGCUCGGCAAGGUUGGAAGGGUUCCGAUGUCGCGAAAGUGCUCCAAAAGGAAAAUUCGCCAGUGGUACCUUGACUGGGGUACUUCUUGCGGAUCGUUCAUAUAAGCAGUCCAAGCUAACGCGUCGAUUGACGAAGAUUUGUGAUUCUUUUUGGUGAUUUCUUAUUAGAGGAAUUUUUUGCUUGUUUAUUCGAUUUAUUCUUGUAAGUUUCAACAUGAAGAAAAGGCUGAUAAUCUUAUUAGUGGUUUUUGUCAGCAUUUCUGUGUGUAGCUGCUUGAAUUUGGAAGUAAUCAACCAAUGGAACCUGCUGCAAUUUGAUCCGCCUUAUGGUUUUAGUGCUACGGAUUUCAGGCCUGAAAAUACUGUCUUCACAGGUUUAGAAAUCACAAAAGACCGUAUCUUCAUAGCAACUCCAAGACUAAGAGCUGGAAUACCAGCGACCCUUUCAACAAUACCAAGACACACUCCUAAAGGCUCCAACCCUAAACCUCAACCCUACCCGAGUUGGUCCUUUCACGGUGCUGGAUUGGGUUUGGACAACGCUACAACAUGCGCAGGACUAGUUUCUGUAUACAGAAUGAGGCUGGAUUCUUGUGGAAGGCUUUGGGCUUUGGACUCUGGAAUCAUGACGUCGAUAGACGAUUUCCAAAGAAUCUGCCCGCCCAAAUUAGUGGUGUUUGACCUUAAGACUGACCGAGUGGUGAGAACGGUUGAAUUUCCUAGAGAAGUGCUUAGACCUUCUUCCUUAUUGGCUAACUUGAUUAUUGACGAAAGUGUUCAAGGCACUUGCGAUUCUGCGUUUUUGUAUCUUGCCGAUACUGCUGCACCAGGUUUAGUCGUCUAUGAUGCCCUCAGAGACAGAACUUGGAGAGUGACCCACCCCAGCAUGUUUCCAGACCCGAACUUCGCAACUUACACAAUCAACGAUGAAACCUUCACCUUGCCAGACGGUGUUGUAGGUUUGGCCCAUUCACCGAAAAUGGCCACUGUAUUCUUCCAACCUUUGGCCACUGAUAGGAUUUUUAGCAUACCAACUGCUACUCUCACCAAAGGACCUCCAGGAGAAUUCGAAGAUAUUCCUGUGGCUCUAGCAGGAAGAAAAUCGUCACAAGGUUUAGGAUUAGCCUUAAAUCCUAAAGAUGAUACAUUGUAUUUUAGCCCUUUGACUGAAACUUCUUUGGCUUCUUGGAAUCCUUUAACCAACAAACAAAGCUUGUUAGCCUAUAAUCCCAACUUAAUCCAAUUCGCCUCAGAAUUAAGAUGGAAAGAAGACGGUCUUUGGUUUCUGAGCACCAGAUUUCAAAAGUUCUUCAAACGGACAGUGACUCCAAACGAAAUUAAUCUUAGAAUCAUUAGGGUGCCACUUAGAAGCUCCCUCUACCACAAUCCAAACAAUAAUAUUUAUUAUAAAAAGUAAAAUUUGAAGAUUGUAUAAAAUAAAAUAAUAAGGCCCAGUUUAAUUGUAUAAGGAUUUUGAUCUACCUCGUUUUGAUUUUUGUUAAAAUUGGCCUGAAAUUCAAUCCAACAACGAAACACAUUGUAUAUUUAUUAUUUUUGUAAAUAUAAUUAGGUUUUGUAA